CUUAGCAAAGCCAUAGACAAAAGUCAAAAUCAUUUGUCACACUUUAUAAAAACAAUAACGUCACAACGGUAGUGUGCAAGUAAAUUGGUAUUUUCUAAAUUUUCACCGUUUUAUAGUAUCAAAAUGUCAGGACGAGAGGGGGGGAAAAAGAAACCAUUGAAGGCGCCAAAGAAAACGUCAAAAGAAUUGGAUGAUGAUGAUCUUGCAUUAAAACAAAAAUUAAAAGAGCAACAAAAGGCUUUACAGGAUGCGAAGGCCAAGGCUACCCAAAAAGGACCUUUGACACAAGGUGGCAUAAAAAAAUCGGGCAAAAAGUGACAAAACAAUCCCCGUUCUGUGUAUUUAUAGGUUGGAGCUAUUUUAAGAAUCUUAAUUUUAAUUAUUUCAACUGUAUUCUGAUAAAUUUGUGUCACUAAAAUUCUUUUUACCAUACUGCAAUUAAUUUGUAACAAUAAUUAAUAACUAGCACUGCCAAGUGGUGCCUGUUUGCAUUUUAAUAUUAACACUGUUAAAAAAGGAAUAAAUGUAUUAAACUAU